UUGCUGUAUGCUACAUCUUCAAGAAAUGCAGAUUGUAGGAUCGGGUCAUUUAAUUAUAUUUCUCUGAACUUUUUUUUUUUUUUUUUUUUUUCCAGCAACUUUUCAAACUACAGGAAUCGCUUCAGCAUGCCGGGCCGGACUGAGAGCUUAUGGUACAGCUGGAACCUGGGGUCGGCACACAUCAUCUCCUUCUCCACAGAAGUUUAUUUCUACCUUGAAUACGGCAUGGACCUUAUCUUUAAGCAGUACAAUUGGCUGAAGGAAGAUCUGGAGGAAGCUAACAAGCCAGAGAACAGAGCCUUACGUCCUUGGAUCAUCACCAUGGGACACAGACCCAUGUACUGCUCUGAUGAUGACCAGGAUGACUGUACAAAGUUUGACUCUUGGGUCCGAGUGGGACGGAAUGACAUCAAACCACCAGCUCCUGGUCUGGAGGAUCUGUUUUACUACUACGGGGUUGAUUUAGAGUUGUGGGCACACGAGCAUACCUAUGAAAGACUUUGGCCCGUCUAUGGCGACAAGGUGUACAAUGGAAGCAAAGAGCAGCCAUAUGUAAACCCAAAGGCUCCAGUACAUAUUAUAACAGGCUCUGCAGGCUGCAGAGAGAGGACCGACAGGUUCAAUCCAAACCCAAAAGAGUGGAGCGCCUUCCGCAGCACUGACUAUGGCUACAGCCGCAUGCAAGUGGUUAACGCCACCCACAUUUAUUUGGAGCAGGUCUCCGAUGACCAGUAUGGCAAAGUGAUUGACAGCAUAUGGGUGGUGAAGGAAAAACAUGGUUUCUCUGCCUGGCUGUGAGGACUGUCCUUAAAGGAAAAAAAAAUACAGCUCACAAAAGUACUUUGUGCUUUAAACAGUUAUGCAGUGACUUUUGUCAUUUUUAUGUAAUUUUGUUCAUCAAUUGUAAAAUCAUUGUAUAAUAAUCCACUGUACAUGUAUAUAAUGGUACGGCAAUGUACAGACCGUGCUUUUGAAUAAAUUCAUUUUUGGAUUAGC